GUCAUUUUCCUACUCACCCUCUGACAUCAACCACCUUCUCUAUAGCUACAGUUUCUCUUCACUCAAAUUAAUCCCUGGCGAUGAAAAAUGAGCCUCUCCCCCACCCUUGCUGCUGCCUUUCGCCUCACACCCCCAGAGAAGAGUUUCUUCGCGAGGCAGCUGAUGAAGGUUUUUUUCCAAGUCACAUGAUCCAGGAUGCAGGGGGAGAAUCCUUCUUGGAAGAGAGAUGGGCCCAGAACCGAAUCAGAUGAGGAGAGAUAAGGUGUGAUGUGGGGAAGACUAUAUAAGAAUGGACCCAAGGCUUCAACAAGCACUCAACCCACUGGCCCCUUCUCGAGACACAGCCAUGCAUGUGCCCGCAGGCUCCGUCACCAGCCACUUGGGAACCACUAGCCGCGGUUAUUUCUAUUUCACCACAGCCUCGCUGGCUCUGUGUCUCGUCUUUGCUGUGGCAACCAUUAUGGUGUUGGUGGUUCAGAAGACGGACUCCAUUCCCAACCCGCCGGGCAAAUUCCACCUUAAAGGAGGGAAUUGCUCAGAGGACAUCACAUGUAUCCUGGAAAGGGCUCCAUUCAAGAAGUCAUGGGCCUACCUCCAAGUGUCAAAGCAUAUAAACAAAACCAAGUUGUCUUGGAACAAAGAUGGCAUUAUCCACGGCGUCAGAUAUCAGGAUGGGAAUCUGGUGAUCCAGUUCCCAGGUUGGUACUUCAUCAUUUGCCAACUGCAGUUUCUCGUGAAAUGCCCAGAACAUUCGGUCGACCUGAAGUUGGAGCUUCUCAUCAACAAAGAUGUCAAAAAACAGACACUGGUGACAGUGUGUGAGUCCGGAGUGCAAACCAAAAACAUAUACCAGAAUCUCUCUCAGUUCUUACUGGAGCACCUCCAGGUCAACACCACCAUCUCAGUCAAGGUGGAUAAAUUCCAGUAUGUGGAUACAAACACCUUUCCUCUUGAGAAUGUGUUGUCCAUCUUCUUAUACAGUAGUUCAGACUGAAGCAUCUCUGCUGGUCUUCAGGAAGAAAGCAACUCUCUAUCACACAGCACUUCAUCCUUCCAGACACUUGGGGAAAAAAGAAAACUUUAGGCCAAGACUGAAACCACAAAGGGAAUUAAAUAGUACUCUUCUCCUUCUGUCUCCUGGGAAGAUACAACUCUGGGUUAAAAAGAGAGUUUUGAGUGAAGUAUCUUCCAGAUAGAAGGCAGGGAGGCAAUGUGGUGUGGUGGACAGAGCCACACAUGGAAACCAGAAGGGAUGGGUUUAGGCCCAGCCCAAUCACUAACUCACUGUAUGACCUGAGCUAUUCCUUUCCCAUCCCUGGAACUCAGAUUCCACAUACGAAAAAUCAAGGGGCUGAGUCUGAAUCUCUCCAAAGUCUCUUCCAUCUCAGAAGACCAG